AUGAUGAUAAGCAGACGGAACAAAAUGAUGCAUAGCAGUUCCUGGCCCGAUCGAGCACCGCAAACAGUAAAGGUGCGCAUCGAUCCUUUAUCUCGUGCCUUCACUAUUAUCCCAACGAGUCGCGAAACGGUAUAUCGAUUGGAACAAACUGCGCCGCGAUCCGAUUGCCUGGAAGAAGUCAUCCUCUUAGAUCGAUGCGAUCCUAAAGGAAUCGCAUCCGUGAUGAUAAAGCGAAGGUUAAUCGACGGGAGGCCGUCUAUAAAUAAAAAACCCACGAGUACUACUGAAAAUUUAUCAGACGUAAAUAACGAGACGAGGAGCAGAAAAAAUUCCAAUCAAUAUUUCAUGCCGCGCAGUCUUUCGUCGAUCGAGACCACUGCAACUCACCAAAACGCUGUCAUUGUGUUAGAAGAAAAUGUUUUCCGAGAUCAAUCGAGAUGUAAAUCAGAUUUUUUCGCAAGAAUUGAUAAAACGAAGAAAAUACAAGACAUUGCAAAAACAUCUUCAUUAAGAACGACGUCGGAUUCGACGGAUACGGAUUUUGCAAAGUUAUUUCCGAAAAAUUCACACGCCGAAGAGGAAACCGUAAAUGCAGCCGCACUAACAAACAAAUCUCCCUCAUUCGCGGAAAAUAACGCCUUUGAUGUAAUAGUAAACAUUGCAGAUGAAAGAUUGCACGCAGUCAGCAUCGUGCAAAUAGAUAAUUCACAAAGGCGAGAAAUGGAUGGGGUGAGAAAGGAAUGUCAGAUUGCCAUUUCGCCCGCAUCUUCGCCGAGGCACGCUACGUCAUCACCGCCGCACAUCAAGGUGGACGACUACGACGAUUAUGCGACAUCCGUUUCAUUCUCGUCGAAAGGGAACCAUCACGCCUGUCUAAAGUGCACGUCCGAACGUCUCUUUCGCUCGCAAAUCGAUCCUUUCCGUUCCUCAUCGCGUUGCAAAAAAAACGACCUGCUAACGGCGGUGAAAGCGCACGGUUUUCGACGCGAUGAUUCGAUCAAACGCGAAAAAAAGGAAGCGCGCGACAACCGUCAGGAUAAAGAUAUCUGGUACGCGGGAUGCUUAAUCGGAGAGACGAAAAAUGUGAACGGUAAAAAAUUGGAUCGGCAAAGCAAAGACGAUGGUUUAUUGCCGGAACGUCCGCCUAUAGACUUUAGAAAGGAGGCUACUCUCGGGCGACAUUAUUAUCCCGAGGGAGGUUGGGGAUACGUCAUUGUCACGUGUUCGGUGCUGGUGCAUUUUAUCGGGGUGGGUCUGCAACUCGCCGCGCCCGGAUGCUUGCAUUUCACCGCCCAGCAAAAGUUUCGGCAUCCUCCGCUACAUAGCGCAGGAUGGCUGGGGGCAAUGUCAACGGGUGUUGCUCUACUAGUGUCGCCAGUGACGAUAGCGUUUUGCCGAAGAAAAAGUACAAGAGUCACGGCUGUUUUAGGCGGCCUCGUUACCGCGCUCGGCUGCCUCUUCACUUCUUUCGCCUCGCAGUUCCACCAAUUGUUCUUCAGCUAUGGCACCGUGGUCGGGAUAGGAGUUGGAAUGACACGAGACUGCAGUACACUGAUGGUGGCACAGUAUUUCAAGAGGAAGAGGGAGCUGGUCGAAAUUUUCAUCGUGUCGGGAAGUGGCUUGGGUAUAGCGGUCAUGUCUGCUUUUAUAAAAGGAGCGAUCGCUAAAUAUGAUUGGCGAAUCGGUCUUCAAGCUGUCACGGGAGUGGUUUUUCUCACUUUCAUCCUUGGCACUUUUUAUCGUAGCGCUUCGCUGUACCAUCCUCAACGGAGAGCAAUCUUACAUUUAAAGAAUCAAAAGCGCAAAAUAAAGGAUAAAAACAAGGCCGACGACAGACCACCAUUUUUCGAUUUUAGCAUUUUGAAGAGUAAAACAGUGAGGAUUCUCUUAGUGUCCACUGGAAUUUCGGCGUUUGGUAUCAACACACCGAUAUUUUAUCUGGCGCAUCAAGUCGAGGAGGAAGGUCUCGGGGAUGCAGUCGUCUUGCUACAAGCUUAUCUUGGACUCGCUUGGACUCUCGGUUGCGUAGCGUUCGGUCUUUUGGUUGUUCAACGCAGCGUCGAAUGCAGGAUAGCCCGCCAAUAUCUCACACAAGCGGCCGUCUUCGUAUGCGGACUCUGCAUUCUCGCUCUCACCGCCGUUCAAGGAAAUUACCACGGAUACGUUAUGUUUGCGUGGAUUUACGGUAUCUUCUGCGGCGGCUAUCAUUAUAGCCUCAAGAUGUAUACGUACGAAAGAGUAAGGGCGAGGAAUUUUGCCAGAACGUGGGGUUUCGUCCAAUGCUCUCAAGCGAUACCAAUUGCGAUCGGAGUGCCAAUAUCGGGAUAUAUAAAUGUGGGAUGCGGUGGUAAAGCUGGCUACUACUUUAGCUCAACGUGCGUCUUGGUUGGCAGUUUUACCCUCUUCUUCAUCGAUUUACAUAGAAGAAAUUUAUCCAAGCAUAAGCAUAGAGUUAAUGGCACAAAACACGCAUGCGCCUCGGACAAUUGUCCUCAACGACGAAAACCAUCAUUUAGUCAAGAGCCCGAGAACGAAGGACCUCACGUGGCUGCUGCUGGAGCGGCCGGAGCGACAGCCGCAGCGGUCGUUCUAGGAGCUGACAUUGUUCCAAUCCAAGGUGAAGCAGUAGACGUCUUAGGAACAAACAAACCGGAGCUCACAUGCAUUUCGGAGGAAGGUAUCGCCGACAUGGAUUUACCCGAUAAUCUACUGGAGGAUCUCGAUUAUAUAGGAGACUGUAUAACCUCGUGUAACAAGGUCGAGAACUACCUCAUGCUCUCAGAAUUCGAGAAUAAUUUAAUCGCCGAGAUGCCGAUUAUUAUGGAUCGCCGUGGACGCAGAUGGUCUUUGGCGCGAUCCAAGACAAAUCAAUCUAAUUGUGGUCAGACUAGCGGCGUGCAAUCGACAGCUGACGAGGAGGAAGUUAAAUCGAAGUGGCGUAUCACGAAUGCAUCGCCUAAUGCUAAUGCAAGAAUGAUUACUGUCAUCGACGAGGCCAGUGCAUAAUUCCGAGUACGAAUAAUGCAACGUUAUUGAUCUUACACUUGAAAAGAUUGAAAAAAUAAAUCUAAAAUAAUAAAUGUAAAAAAAAUAUGAUAGAAUUUACAAAUAGAAGGAAACAUGCAUAAUUUAUAGCAUAUUUUUAAAAUCAUAAUCUUUUUGUAAAAUACGCAAUCUACAAAACUGAAAUUAACACAAGAAUGAAAUAAAAAAGAUAUAUGUAUGUAUAAAUCUAAUUUACACAAAUUUUAAGAACGUGAAAACGCGUUUUAUUUAUAAAUAAAAAAUUGCAAACCUAUGUGAAACAAAAAUAUAUUUUAUACGAAACAUUGCCAAGAGAUAUAUAAUUAGAGAAAAUUCAUUUCUAACAUGUCAAACUUCUAGGCAUAUGUUUGUCUCCAUUUAUAUUUAAAAAAUGUUAAUGUAAAUUUAAAAAUUGUUGCAAACAUGAUUAAAUUAUUGUUCUUGCGUUACAAAGAAAUGAAAUAAAACGCGAUUUUUACAUACAUAUAUCAGAUUUAUCAAAUAUCAAAUUUUUAAAACCGCAAUUUUAUUGUUAUUAAACGCAAAUUUUUAUAUAAUCCGAAAAAAAAUUGUGAAAUCUUGAAAAAUUAACGAGAUACAAAUUAUUCCGACCGAUGUACGUAAUCUAUUAAUAUUUAAAGUUAUUAAUUAUUUUUGUUUGUUCCUUUCUAUUUAAGUACUUGUAAAAGUUAGUCAUAAAUAAUAAGUAGUGACAUGCUAACUUGAAUGAUUUUGCUGAAAAUGUUAUCACUCCGAUAACACGGAUUAUUUAAUUCGCGAUGCAAAAAGGACAAUAACGUCGGCUUUCGACAAGAGGAAAAUUAUGGAAACUCUCCGUCCACACAAAAACAAUUUUUUAUUCGUACUAAUGUUUUUUUUUAACUUACUGUCAUUUCAUUAUCUAGGGUAAAAAAAUUAUCUACUGUUGUACGCUAUAAUUAACUUAUUAAUGAUAUUAUAUUUUAAGCCUUAAAGCACUUCAGAGAUUGAAAGAUAUAUUGUUAAUUAUACAAACGAAAUAGCAAGCUCAGGCUCUUGGUACAAAUAAUUCACAAAUGAUUGCAAUCGAGAAACUGAAAAUGCAAUCGUAAUGAACAUGGCAUUGAUAACAAAAUAUAUUAUAAAUUAUGUUUCAUAAUAUUUUUAGAACACUGGAAAAAGAUUUAAUUUUAUACAGAUUAUCUAAUUUUAUAUAUAAAAUUAUUUUCUCUCUAAUAAAUUAUUUCUCAAACUAUAAUACAAUUUAAUAAAAUCAAAUAAAAAAAAUAUAUAUAUAUAUAUAUACAUAUAUAAGAGCAUAUUUAACUAAAACAUUUAUUUUAUUAUUUUGAUAUUAGUUGUCAAUUUUUAUAGUUUCUUUAAUAAUGUACUUUUCGUUAUGAUUGUAAAUAAUAAUUGACUGUGCAAAUAAAAAUUAACUAUGUGUAGACGCAUUAAUUUAAAAUAUAAAAAUUAACGUCCGAUCGCAUUUUAGUAACGAUAAUACUUGUGAAAAUAUGGAAAUGCAAGAGGCAUUACAUAUAUAUUAUUCAUGAUUUUCUUCGAAACUCCAUAAUAAAACCCGAUGUUCGACUUCAGUUUAACAGUGCACAUCUAUUUAUUUAUCAAACUAUUUAUAUUAUAAUGUAAAUAUUCAACAUUAAGCCAUAUGUAUAUAUACUUAUUUUUCAAACAUAUGCAAUUAUUAGCAAUAUUAUUAUAACAUUUGCAACAGCAAUCACAUUUUUUUCUAUUUGAAAAUUUAAUAAAUUAAUAAAUUAAUCUUAACAAAUUAAUUUAAUAAAUUGUAUAAACUAUAUAAAUUAAGAUUUUAUUGAAACAAUAUUACAUCUUUACCGAGCAAAGCUUAUAAACAAAAAACAUUGCUUAUAUCAACUAAAUGAUGGAUGUAAUCUGCAUCUGAGAAUAAAUUUCAUAAAUAUUUGCAUUUAUUUCAACCGUUUGAUUGAAAUGCAAACAAUUCAUUCAAUCAAUACAAAUAAUUGAUAUUUAAAAUACACUUUCCUGUGCACAAGAUGUGUAUUCUUUCAUAAUUAUACAUAUAAUUUAUAUAAAAGUUAAUAACGUAUUGACUGCCAUUUAAAAGAUGAAAACUUGCCAAAAAAACAUAUCUUGCGUCCAAUAUUAAUAACUGCUUUUUACUAAAACUCUUUCAAGUUACUUCCAGAGUUAAGAAAAUACUGCCAUGUUAAGGAACACAUUCUGCGACAAGAAAUGUUCACUUAAAAAUGUUCAAAAAAUAAUAAAAGUAAAACAAAUUAAUUAAAAACGUAAAACCGAAAUAAAUUAUGAAUAUUUCUGAUUUUAAUGUAUACUGUUGUGCAUACUUUGAUGUAUACUGUUAAGUUACAUGUACAAGAAUGCUACAUUAAGUUUUUCUAAAAGAGUUCUGUUUAUACAACAAAUGUAUGUAGAUAUAGUAAUCGUCCAAGAAACAAUAAUCAUUACCAAAUUAUUUCAUAAAUAAAACAAACUGUUAAAUGUACCAUAGCGAUAAGAUAACAUAACAUCAAACAAAAAUUGCUGAACGUAUUAUAUUGUCGUAAUA